AUGUGCCAACACACCCUUACGCUUCGUGCACAGAAAGUACCCCCAUCGAUUUGUUUCCCGUGGCGAACCGUGUCCCAAACAAUGCACCAGUCCAUUCCGUCUCUGCGUUCGACCGUUGUCUGCCUGUUGAUGCUAAUUACGGGUUCUCUCCAGCAGUGCUUGCCGUUGUGCGUCCAAGCUUCAUCCGCCGCGUCGACGAACACUGGUCGUAGUACGCGUCAGAGUACGCCGUCUCGGCCUCCUUUCCUUGCUCACGUCACCGACAACACCCUCGACAGGGCCCGGCGUGUGGCUCUUCAACGUCACGAAAAGGCCGUCGCGCAAGCCCUGGAAAACUACCCCACGAACCAACAGCCUCCCGACUCUCUCAAUGCAGAUGCUACUACCGCAACGGCAACCGGUCUUGAUUCGUACGUGAUUGAUGCUGCCGGGAGUGUGCCUGACUUUGCGGAUCAAUUGCAACGCGUGGUACACGUCACGACACCUCCCUUGCUCUCCAGAGACGAAUGCCGGAACGUCAUUGACAUGGCGGAAUCACAUUUCCAGCAAAACAAUAUACCCUGGUCGAUGCAAACUUCCGGACAAUACAAGGUGGCUGGGUUUUGGAUCAAAAAUAUACCCGCCGUACACGCAUGGUUCACGCAUCUCGUACAAACACGUCUCUUUCCUCUCUUGGCCCGAACCUACCCCGACUUUGUGGUGUCUCCCCACGAUUUGUGCGUCGACAACGCCUACUUGUUCAAAUACGACCCCGAAACCGGAAGGCGCACCGAUAUACACACGGAUUCGGGGUGUUUGAGUUUCACCAUUGCACUUAGUGGCACCGACGACUACACGGGUGGCGGGACAUGGUUUGAAGGAUUACAACCACUACAAGGACUACAAGGGAACGAACACGCCCAACAAGAUGCUCCUUCCUGGAACCACGUCUUAUCCAUGGAAGCAGGACAAGUCACUAUUCGACCAGGCGGGGUGAAACACUGUGGACACGCCGUGAAUACGGGCAUACGCUACAUUAUUGGAGGUUUUUGCAUGCACCAGAAUAAGCCUGAGAUUGUCCGGCAAUUGCUCACCCCUCCACCCAUCACAGAUUCAAGCGAGGACGAUACGAACAGUGUAGAUAUUCUGGAAGCUGCCGUCGUCCUCAAUCCAAAAUGCGACGCCUCGUACGGUCUCUUGGCGGAUCGGUACAAACAAAACGGACUAAUCGAAAAGGCUAAACAAGUUCUCGAAUAUUGUGUACAACACGUCCAUCCCACUUCCGGAGAAGUCAAUUUUUCCCUCGGUAGUAUUUAUAUGGCGGAACAAGAUUACGUGAAAGCCAAGGCGUGUUUCGAAACGUGCCUAGCCGUUGACGAUUGUGACGUCGAAGCCCUCAUGGGUUUGGCCCACACCGCUUCCCAAGUGGGUGACACUACUACGGAGGAAGUGUAUUAUCAACGCGUAGUGGCCACGCCCGGGGCCUCUGAUACGAUCCGAGCGUCGGCCUUUUGUAAUCUCGGUGUGCUACACGAAAACAAUGACAUCGAGUUGCACUACUACAAACAGUCCAUUGCGUUGGCGCCGACCAAGUUUGCUCCCCGAUACUCGUUGGGUUGCGCAUACGCAAGUCGGGAAAGUUGGAAAGCGGCUAUUCGGGUCUUCCGGGAGGCCAUGACAAUUGUACCGAACGAAGAAGGUCAGCGGCAAACCUUGCAAAAUAUGUACACGGCCGCCAUGCACGUGGUGCAGACGGAAGCUGCCGACUCGCCGGGACGAUCCCAACAAGAAGUUUUGGAACGAUUUCGCAAUCUCAUGGGCAAAGAAAACUUUGAAAUUCUCGCUUCGUCAGCGAAGCAAUGA